GCUGAAACCUUCAUCUGCAACAAGGGACGAAUGAAAUAUUAGACGCAUCACUGUGGUGUUGCAUGACAUUUUCUUAGGCGCAACAGGUGUUUCAAAAGUGUUUUACCUAACAUUUGAAAGGCUGAGCAGAAGUGAGAGAGGUGCACAUGGGCAGAGAGGGAGAGAACAAGCGCAACAACAGGAUAUUUGUCACUAUGGUUACCAACAGCAGAUACGGAUCUUGAUUUCUGUUUGUCAUGCUGUUCUCAUUCAAGGCAGUGUGGUAGUGCCGUCAGGACACAGCUGAGGCUACAGGUCAGACAAACUUGGCAUGACGAGUGUGGAGUCUUCAGGAUCAAGCUGAGCUUAAGAUUCCUUCUUUUAGAUUUUUGGCUCCAGAAAUAUCAAGAUGGGUUCUGCCACUGUGCUCCAACCUACCGUCCAGUCAUCCACCAAUAAUAACUCCAGCAACACUUCAUGUGAAACCCUCUAUGACCACCGGGACUAUGCCAGAGUCCUCUUGCCUCUUUUCUAUUCCCUUAUAUUCAUUGUUGGACUUCUGGGUAACUGCCUUGCGUUGCAUGUCAUACGCCCCAAUCUGAAAAAGAUGAACUCUACCACCUUGUACUCUCUUAACCUGGUCAUCUCGGACAUCCUCUUCACCCUCUCUCUGCCUUUGAGGAUUGCGUACUAUGCUCUAGGAUUCCACUGGCCUCUGGGCGAGGCGCUGUGUAAGAUUUCAGGCCUCGCUUUCUACAUUAACACUUACGCUGGGGUUAAUUUCAUGACCUGUCUCAGCGUGGAUCGUUUCAUCGCCGUCGUCCUGCCUCUACGUUACGCCCGACUCAGGAAAGUCAGCAACGUUCGCUACAUCUGCAUCGGUGUGUGGCUGUUGGUCCUGGUGCAGACUCUCCCUCUUCUAGGCAGCCCUAUGACUGAGGUUGAAUCGGGUGGCUAUAUCACCUGUAUGGAGUACCCAAACUUCGAGAAGGUUGGCAACAUUGCUCCCACGCUGAUUGGCGCCGUCCUCCUGGGUUAUGGCAUCCCUGUGGUGACCAUUCUUGUGUGUUACUCCUUCUUGUGCUGCAAACUUCGCCACACAGCCAAGAACAACCACCUGACAGAAAAGUCUGGUCGUAGCCGCAAAGCAAUUGGCGUGAUCUGCUGUGUGACUCUGGUGUUUGUCAUCUGCUACAGUCCCUAUCACAUCGACAUCCUGCAGUACAUGAUUCGCAAGUUGAUGUACAAACCAGACUGCGCAGAGCUUACUGCCUUCCAGAUAUCGCUGCACAUCACCGUGUGUCUGAUGAACCUCAACUCCUGCCUGGAUCCUUUUAUCUACUUCUUUGCUUGUAAAGGCUACAAGAGGAAACUAAUGAAGCUGCUGAAGCUUCCGGUCAGCAUGUCCUACUCCAGCGCAGUGAGGACGUCACCUGAAGGCUCGUCUAAGGAUUUUAUCGACGGCAACAAGAUUCAACUUACCAGUUCCACAACUGAAAGACCCACGGACAGAAGAUCCCGCCUGCAUGAGUGAGUGAGGCAGCUAAAGUUUCCACAAGAUGAGGGGACCCUUUUAGGCUUGGGCCUACUUAAAUCAACACCGGACAAAUAAUAUUACGCUCUUUUGGCAUCAGGGACUUCCUGCAGCUACUCAGCAUCUGAAACCGCAGGAAUUCAGCUCUUCUUGACCGGAUUAGUGGACACAAGGGACGGAUUUAAAAGGGCAUCAACAGAAUGACUUCCUGUGCUUACAUUUUCUUAUGGAUAUUGGGGACUUUCUCAGGAAAAGCAGAGAUUAAUGUCUUAAGGAAAGAAAGCUGGGCUCAUGCUCAUAAAGUAUGCUUUUCUGCUGCACAUAAACUGAUCCCUGUUGGGGUAGAGAAUUUUGGAAGUGGAAAGGGAAAUAAGACAAAGAUUGAACAGCUAUUGAAAGUAGCAUCCCCAUUUCUGCAGCUGAACUAUGGGCUUACAUUACAUCCCAUUGUUGCACUGCUUAACGUUUUACCUGUAAAGGUGUAAAGCAUGUUGGGAAAGGCCAGUAAAAUGAGACAAAAUCUUUUGAAAACAGCAACUCCAAAUAUGCAUCAAAGAAAGACCUCACAAUUUGUGCCGUCCUUGGAAAGCUUCAACUGUGAACUGAGAUGUUUGUGUUAGUAGAUAUGAGCUUUAUACUAAAGAAUCUUGCUUAUUCUUACCUCAAGUUUCCCUGCAGGACACAGUUCUAAUAUCUCAGGAAAGAGAGACUAACUGUAUUAGAGUCCUUAGGAUUAAUCAACCUUAGCUGGUUUGGGAAACAGUAGGAAUUGUCUGCUGUAACAUUCACCUUUCUGGGGCUGCAGCUUAUUGUACAUUCAGUAUUAUUUCCUGUGAUGCAUUGUACAUCCUCGUGGAUUAACACACAUUUUUCUUUGCUCAUGAAACACUUGAACAGUGGAUUUAAAAGUAUUUGAAAUCUAAUAUGAUGUACAUUAAAGGCUUGACAUCUUUUUAUUGUGUUUUGAAGCAUAUGGUAGCUUACACUGAAGGCUGCAUCAGAACUAGCUGAGGAAUUAAAUUGUUUUAAAGCUAAUGUGGUGUUUCAACGCCCAUUUUGUUUCAUGUCAUUUGUAUUACUAGCUGUAUUAAACUGAGUUAAAACCAAGUUGUUUGCAGAUGAUGUCAUAUCACAGCAAAAGAACUCCAGAUGGGGCAGGAAAGGAUUUCUGCAUAGAGAAACGCUGUCAAAAUUCUGGUAAUGCUGUUUACAACUGUGAGAAAUUGGGUAGAAAACAAUCUUGAACGACUUUGGAGGCUCUAAUAUAGUGACAAAUUUAUGUCUGUGACCAAUGUUGUUAUAUACGACAAGUAGAGACGCAUGUUACAAAGGUUACAUAACUUUUGAACCAUAAAUCAAAGCACUUACUUUUUUCCUCUGAUUUUCUGUCCUAAUGCCAGUAUCCUUGUCUUUAUAGACCUUACAGAGGCUUUUCUAUCUAGCCUGAAACUUAUGUGACUUUCCGGGGUCUUUAAAGAUUAAAUUUAUACCAGUAACUCCAAAAAUGUACAUCUUUUUAUAAAUUUCGUUAUCCAUUAUUUGAUGCUUUGUGCUGCUAGCGGCUAAUGCUACCACCAUAUUAUCUAUUUUGUAUCUCAUAAUGCAUCAUUGUGUCAUAUUUUGCCAAAGCUUGCACGUCUUUAAACUUAGGAGACAGCCUGAAUAGCUCAUAAGAGACAGAGAGUCUGUGAUGUGGACCUCCACGUCUCUGCAGACGGGAACUGCUUUGGCAGAAAUAGAGCUAACACAAAGAAGCGGAAGGAUUUUUUUUAAUGUAAAUAUGUGAGUAUUUUGAGGACUUUUUGUCACUGAAUGAUGAUUUUUUCCACUUCUGUUCCCCAAUUUAUGAGAACAAGUUUGUGUAAAAGAAAAUUGAAGUCAAUAUUGUUUGUGGCACUAAUACAAAUCGUUGGUUUAGUUUCUGUUUAGGUUUUUCUUUAUUCUUUCCAGUCCCAUAGCUUAAAAAAAAAAAUCAAGUGACAGUACUCUAGCAAACUUUUUUAAAGCUCAGGUUGUCCUUAAAAAAGGAUGUUUAGAGCUCAACUGUGCACCACAGGGUUGAUAUUUUACAAGCUUUUUAAGACAAUUAGUCCAGGUGAGACAAAACACUUGAUAAUAUCUCAGGGCUCAGCAGGUUCAGGCAGACAGUUUAAAAAGCUUGCAGAGACGCAGUUGCAGACACUGAUUUAAAGUCUCAUACGAAAGUUUUGAGUAGCGAAAUCAGAGGAUGCUGGCGUAUGGUAACCUUGCCAACCAGAUGGAUAUGCCUGUGUCUAUGUUUCUCACUGGUGAAUCCAUCUUGCAAAGCUCCCGUCUGAACCAAUUGGGCCCAGUUAGAAAGUGACAGGACCAAUUAGUGACAAGGGGCAGUACUUUU